AAGGGAGGGGGGGUGGACUGGACUCCCUCCGUUCUAAUGGGCCUGAUUGGGUAGCCGGGGUUCUAAAGGGGUGUGUCUGAUAUUGACCGAGGGUUAUAAAAUCGUUUGUUGGUCAGAGGCCACCCUCAUUAAAGUGAGGGUGGCAGAGUUGAGUUGGGGGGGGUGUCACAGAGGGGAAGCAGGAGGAAGAAGAAGGGGAGGUGGGGAUGACGGGGAAAAUAUUCUAAAAAUAUACAUUUGCAAACUUCCUAAACAAGAAGAUCCAGCAUCCACUCAGUGGGGGCUGUCUGAACCCCCAAGUCAAUUAAGGAUAGGUUCCUUGAUCAGAAGGAAUCUGAGUAUCGAUUAAGGCGCGUAUGUGAGCCCUCCAGAGAUCAGGAUAAAUCGUGGUACUUUGCAACUUCUGUGCAGACCCAACACAAUGAAUUCCAAUGUUGAAAACCUGCCUCCACAUGUGAUCCGGCUGGUCUACAAGGAAGUCUCCACUCUAACUUCAGAUCCACCUGAGGGCAUCAAGGUGUUCCCCAAUGAGGAGGACAUUACAGAUGUGCAGGUCACCAUUGAAGGACCCGAAGGUACUCCUUACUCUGGUGGCCUCUUCCGCAUGAAGCUGAUUCUCGGCAAAGACUUUCCUGCCAGUCCACCAAAAGGCUACUUCCUGACCAAAAUCUUCCACCCCAAUGUGGGUGCCAAUGGGGAGAUCUGUGUCAACGUCCUCAAGAAAGACUGGAAAGCAGAACUUGGCAUCCGACAUGUCCUGCUGACCAUCAAGUGUUUGCUGAUCCAUCCCAACCCAGAAUCCGCCCUGAAUGAAGAGGCAGGGCGCCUCCUGCUGGAGAACUAUGAGGAGUACGCUUCCCGAGCUCGGCUCCUAACCGAGAUUCAUGCCCAACCCUCCUCUGGCUUGCAUACCAAGAACCCUGCUGAGCCUUGCUCGUCUACGGCAGGUGCUUCUGGGGAGGGUCCCAUGGCCAAGAAACACGCAGGUGACAGAGACAAGAAACUGGCUUCCAAGAAGAAGAUUGACAAGAAGCGAGCUCUUCGGCGGCUUUAGGGGAUUUAGCGGGGGGAAGGGGGUUUGAGGGUCCGAAACAGGUGGGUUGUGGGCAUUGAGGGUUCCAUAGUACAUUUUCCAUCUCUCCUCUCUUUCCUUCUUCCACCUUCACUUUGAGACUGCAGUCCAACUUUGUCUUCCCCUGGUCGGAUUUUUCUUCUUUUCAGUCGUUAAGUUAUUUAAAUUAUAAAAGCAGAAAAAUCUAUUAAAUGCCUUUGUUUUCUAAGGAAGGCUCUUAAUGUAUGGUUGUGCCAUCAUAUGAAGCGGGAUGGGAACCAUGGCGAGGGUACUUGGUUCCUGUCCUUAAAAUGAAGGCCUUCUUGACGCCCAAAAGGGCAGAACUCAGUUGAGGUGGGAAGAUGUACCUUUUGCUUUUUGAAAGAAGAUUGAAAAAGCUGCUGUUUUCAUUUUAAGGGAAGAAAACAUCAAGGAGGGAAAUUGGUAUGGUUUAUACAACUAUACAAGGGAAGGAUAUGAUGACUUUUUUGAUUUCACUUUAUAAAAUCGCUUCGUACAUGUUAAGGAAAAUGUUUCUUCAUCUGAUACCUGAAUCAGAAGUUUAUUGCUAUGAUUUUCAGACAUGGACUUGAGGGCAAGUAUUUUUAUAGAGGGGAGAAUUGUGUGUCUUAGUGACACAGGUCAAAAUGGGACUCUUAUGUUUAGGGGUUGUGUAGAUCUUCUAGAAUGUUCAGGUAAGGGGAAGCUGGAUUGGCUAUUCUGGGAACAUCUGCUUGGCUAUAUGGCAGCUUGCUGGAACUGAGCGAUCUCCGUUUGUUGAAGGGUAAAUUCAUGCAUUUAAAACGUGGGUGUCGAGCAAAGAAAAUGGUCCUCUGGGUCAUUUUAGCGCAGGUGAUUUUAUGAUAGCUCCCAGAGGGGCUUCAUGAGAAAUGGCUGCCAGGAUUUCACACUUAAAUAUUAUCUUCCAAUGAUUAAGCUAAUUUGAGAACUUGCUGGCCACAGAGGUGCAGUUUCCGUGCCAGAGGUUCAGGACAAGAUGAGCAAAUAGGCCUAUAAAAUAAUUGAUGUUCCUACUUGUCCCAUCCAAUCAGCACUGAACAACAUCCGGUAAUGUAUUUUGCUUAGGAAUCUAAUAUUUAUUGCAUUUAGUUUAUUUGUACAGUAUUUCUGUGUCCAUUCAAUACUCAACAAUUCAGACCCUUCGUCAUUGCCUAUAAGUGCCAUCACAGAGCAACUCAAAAUCUGUUUGCCCUUGUCUUUAUCAUUUUAUUACCUAGUUUUUAUUGAUGCUUAAAAACUUUUAUAUGAAUAUUUUGUGGAAUUUUCCCAAAACAGCAAGUCCAUCAAAAGAUUUUUUAACCUAUUACUUUUCUGAAAUAAAUAUCCCAUAUAAAUGGAAACAAAUCAAUAAAAUUAGAAUUUCAGUACCAUUUAUUCAAAAUAAAGCAGAGUGUACAGGUUUAGGGUGCUGAUUCUUUUGAAAUGGAAUAGUUUUUGAAAGAAAGAAGACCACAUGAUGGAUAACGUUGGGAGUUCAUUAGAGCCAAGGGAAGGCUUACCAGAGGAUUGGUGUCAUUCCUGAAAAUUCCUCUCAUGUCCGUAUCUAGCUACAGUGAAGAGUCACUUCAACAGUGAGAUGGGUGGCAUAAAAAUUCAAUAAAUAUCUUCAUGUAUUGAGAGUAGAAAAAGUAAGGCCCUUGAGUUUUAUCUUCAGUAUCAGAUGGAUAGUUGGUGUUUAUCAUUGAGAAUUCAUACAGUCCCUGUAGGGACUUCAGUUGUGUCAAGAACAUUGAGGUGAUUCCCGAUUUGUCCAUUGGGACCUCUUCAAGUGAACAAUUAUCCUUUAACUACAGAGAAAUUUGGUCAUCAUGCUUAAGUGUUGUAUCAAGAAAUGAGUACCUUGCCAAUUCAAGAUGGGUUCCUUUCCAGCUUGAGGAACACAAUGUUCCCUUGAUCAGGGUCAUCUGCAUGGGAACUGGUAAAGCAUAUCAAGAAAUCAAAAUAAAUUUUCUCACCAGUUUAUGCUGAUGUAUAACGACGAAAGUUAUUUUUGCCACCUAGUUUGCGAUGCUUCUUCAAAGGGACAUUGCAGCGCAGGGCCAGAAAUAGGCCACU